UACCGAGCCACCCCUGUAUUUUCUCCCCUACCCUUGCGAAAACACAAUUGUCUAUGCUUCCACCCUAUGACGUCACAGCAAAAAUCGACCAAUCCCAUCGAGAACAGUAUUCGUCGGCCCUCAUAAGCGGAAUCACUACCGCAUAUAUUUUAUGGCAUCGUUUUAAUAAUUUUAAAUGUUUUUGUUGUGGGACCAUAUGUGCCGUGGAAAAUGUAUUCGUCUGUGAUCGAAAUUGUGAAAUUAAUCGCGAUAGUUUCUUGUCCAAUGUGAAACGUUUUAAGAUUUAUUCCUUGUAAAAUAUAUUAAUAGUGUUACAAAAUUACGUUAGGGGGCGGUUUCGUGAUGCCAGUUCGGAAGCAAGAAGCCCACCGAGCAUUAGAAUUGCUUGAAGACUACCACAGCAAACUUAUUAAACCACAAGACCGACAAUUACGGCUAGCGAUCGAGAGAGUUAUCAGGAUAUUCAAGUCACGCCUUUUUCAAGCACUUCUAGAUAUUCAGGAGUUUUACGAACUCACUCUUCUUGAUGACACCAAGUCAAUACAACAAAAGACUGCCGAAACAAUUCGAAUAGCCAAUAAAUGGGAAGCUGAUGGUGUCCGUCGUGAAAUUCCAAAUGAAGAAAGCGAUUACCGAUCGGUAUCGAAUGCCUUUCUCCUGGACAAUAGGAAACCCGAUCAACGAAAUGCCGACACUCCAGACUCUGCCAAGAUCGGUCCUGCGACGGUUAUAUCAUCGGUUGCAGACGCGGACGAGAAAAAGGUUAAAAAAUACGAUACAGUCGUGCAAGGCAAGCACCUUUUCAACAGAAAUAUAAUACAUUGA